GGAUAUUCUACCUGCCAUUGGUGCCAUGUAAUGGAGCAUGAGUCAUUCGAAAACGAGGAAAUUGCCAAAUAUCUGAACGAUCAUUUCGUCAGCAUCAAGGUAAUUCUAUCUUAUCAUCCAGAAGCUGUGGAUCGUGAAGAACGACCAGAUGUUGACAAGCUCUAUAUGUCAUUCAUACAAGUGAGUGCAUUACUUGAAUGA